AAUUGGCGCGGGAGGAGCGACAGACCCAGCCGAAGGGGCGGGAUAAGAGGAGCAAAAGUGAAUGAGCUCGGCGACGGAAGACGCUGGCGGCGACGAAGCCCCGGAUCUCAGGUGCCAGCUGGACUGCGUCCAGGGCAUGGUCGACGCCCUCUCCUCCGUUCGCUGGAAGCGUCACCAGGAUGCAGUCCUGGAGCUCUCCGAGCACGGCAUUGUCCUCAUUGUCGAGGAGACUGGAUGCCUCCAGGCCAAGGUCUACCUGAAGCGCGAGCUAUUCCUCGUGUAUGAGUACGCUGCAGAGGGGCGGCCGAGGCUCGGCCUGAGCUUGGGCCUUUUUGUCGACUCUCUUAACACCUUCUCGGUUCCUGGGCACAACUCCAUUAUUGAAAUUCUGUAUCCUGGUCCUGAUAUGCAGCUUCUUCUUAAUGAAUGUUAUAGUUGCUGUUGCCCAUUUUACGCAUGACCGUUUGGAAGAGUUAGUUUUCACAUUAACAAAUUGCUGCGCAUAGAUCUAACGAAUAAAUAAAUAUGAGGAUCUUUGUCGUACUUGAAUAGCAUACUUGUCGUUAAUUGUGGUAUAAUUAGUAUAGCAAUCAUGAGGUAAAUGACGGAAAGGGUCUAUCUCCUAGUUUAUUGUAAAUUUUUUGUGGCUGAUUCAUGGAAAUGAGUUCUGUAGCGACCUUAAGGUGGCUUAGUGUGUUUGCAUAUGCUCUCCUACUUGUAUUAAUAUAUGGCAUUUGA